AUGGCCGUUGCAUAUUCAUCCAAGCACCAAAAAGGUUCUGAUCUGCAAUUCUCCAUUGAUUCAACCAAGCUCAUCAGCGUCUUCAAAGGCCGCAACAAGCCCACCACGACCCUGGCCCACAUCUCCGUCUUUGACGUUGACGAGACUGGCGAAGUUGCAGCCACUGCCACCGACAACAGGGUCGAUCCCAUCCAGAUACCGUUCGGCUUUGCGUUCAACGGAAACAACCCGGAACAGUUCUACAUCACCGAAGCGUCAUUCGGAGGCGUCCUUGUCUCGCUGGACUAUGCGACAAACAAAGUGUCCGCCCUCGAAGUCGUCAACUCGACAUCCUUCGCAGCGAGCUGUUGGGCCGUGUGGUCGUCCAUCACCGAUACCUACUACGACAUCAACUCCGUCACUCCGAGUGUAGGCAAGAUUGACUCUACCGGCAUGCUCGAGGGGUUCAUCAAGUACGACAAAAGCUUGGAAGGAGGGUUUGAUGCGGUACUGGAUGGCGAGAAGCUUUACAUGCUGACGGGGCCUGCGAACGUGAUCAUUGUCAUCAACGUACGCACUGGCAAAGUGCUGCAGAAGUUCGAAUACGGCACUAUGGAGGACAGGCCUUUCUGGACGGGGAUGGCGAUGUAUCCGGCUAAUCCGUUGUUGAGUGGUGGGAUGGCUUAG